UCGCCACGAGUCUCUGUCUCUAUAUCUCAAGUGCUCUGUCUUAAUUUGUUUCUGCAUUUCCAUUUUUUUUUUUUCCCCAAUAUGGAGCUGGAAAAAAUAGUCCAAUUUCUGGAGAAUAAGACCAUAUUAGUCACCGGAGCCACCGGCUUUCUGGGAAAGAUGUUGGUGGAGAAAGUGCUAAGAGUUCAACCUAAUGUAAAGAAGCUCUACCUGCUCAUAAGAGCUUCAGACAGCCACUCAGCCUCCCGACGAAUGUAUACUGAGGUCAUUGGAAAGGAGUUGUUCAGGGUUUUAAGGGAAAAAUGGGACACAAACUUCGAAUCCUUGAUAGCAGAAAAGGUGGCUGCUAUUUCUGGAGACGUUUCCUGUGAAAAUCUGGGAUUGGAUGUAAAUGACAUGGAAAAGUUGUGGAAAGAUAUAGACGUAAUAGUUAACUCUGCAGCCACGACUAGCUUUGAUGGAAGAUACGAUGUCGCAUUGGGAACCAAUACGUUGGGAGUUCUGCAUGUGCUUAGCUUUGCUAAGAAAUGUACCAACUUAAAGAUGCUUGUCCACCUAUCUACAGCUUACGUUUGCGGGGAAAGGGAUGGACUCAUACUAGAGGAUGAAAUGUUUUACACGGGCAAAACGUUGAAAGUAACCUCUAAACUAGAUUUCAAAGAAGAACAGAAAUUGAUGGCAGAGAAAUUGGAGGAAUUGCGAGACCAAAAUGCUUCUGCUGAUACAAUUACAACUACCAUGAGGGAUUUUGGCAUUCAAAGGGCAAAACUAUAUGGAUGGCCAAAUACCUAUGUUUUUACCAAGGCAAUGGGAGAGAUAUGCCUAAGGAACUCGAAAGAAAAUUUCCCCCUAGUCAUCAUACGUCCAACUAUGGUUACCAGCUCUUACAAAGAACCUUUCCCUGGUUGGAUUGAAGGUUUGAGAACCAUUGACAGUGUAAUUGUCGGUUAUGGUAAAGGGAAAGUCAAAUUCUUCCUCAGUAAACCCAAGUUAGUAUUGGAUCUGAUACCUGGUGACAUGGUGAUAAAUAUAAUACUUGCAGCGAUGGCAGCUCAUGCAAAUCAAUCUUCUGAUGCAACAAUCUACCAAAUUGGAUCCUCAUUGAAAAAUCCUAUAGACAUGCCUAAUAUUCGAAGAUUUUUUUUCCAAUACUUAACCAAAAAUCCAUUGGAAGGCAAAAAGGGAAAUCCAGUCAAAGUUGGAAAGCUUGUUCUCUUAAGCAAUGCGGCUGUUCUGCAGAUGUACAUGCUGAUUCGAUUCAUGCUACCAAUAAAGGUUUGUGUCAAUCUUAAUUAAUCUUCUCUCUAGUCUAAAAAUUAAAGACGGUGAAAAAUAAUGCACUGAAUUAGUAGCUGAUCAGGUUUAAAUUGUCAUCUUAAUUUACGUGUUAUGGUUUUCGAAGACUGAAAUAUCAUUCUUGUAAACAAAACAAUUAAUAGUUGUUUCCAUAUAUAUA